GCAGUUGUUUCAAGGGGAUUCGGAUUGGCUGAUAUGCAUGAGAGCAAGACACAUGUCAUGAGUGAAUGCUGCACUCCCCGCCCCUUAUUGUGAAGUGUCUGGACUGGUUAAUUUGGGCAAUGUGUGUGUGAGUGUGUGUGAGAGACAACAACAAGAAGACCGGAGAACAUAGAAGAAUAGCAGACCGUCAUAAAAACCGAAUCACAGACAGAUUCACAGAUGCUGUUGGACAAGAUUGGCUCUGUCUGUCAAUUCUACAUGGACUUUUGAAUUGGAUUUAUGAACUGAUUUAUCAUAGGAUUCAUAUCUCAGAGAGAUGGAGACGCUGUUUGCCAGAGCUCUUUAUGACAACACAGCCGAAACUGAAGAUGAACUGGCUUUUCGCAAGGGUGACAUCGUCACAGUGCUAGAGAAAAACGUGGGGGGGAGCAUCGGCUGGUGGAAGUGUUCUCUUCUUGAACGUCAGGGCCUGGCACCAGCGAACCGCCUGGCUCCGCUUUCCCCAGCAGAGGCUGAGAAAAUCAGAAUGAAAUUAGGAACAGAGAAGGACUACUUGGACAAUCAUCAGAACAUCUAUCAAACUCCAAAAGCCCCCAGGCCACCAGCGAUUCCCAUUUAUGAAGAAAUGAGUACAAUAUAUAAAGUGCCUCUUAAAGCCGUCCCUGCACCAGAUAAACACACAGCACAAGAGGAUCUAGAUGGAACCAGUUCUCCUCGUGACGCUUCAACUGCCAGACGUGGUAUAGAAAUAUAUGAUGUCCCAAGCCUGGUGAGAAAACCCUCCUUGUUCACACCAUCUACACUGAAGCCUUUGGAAAGGAAAACAUCAUUGAUGUCAAGCAAAGACUUUGAAAGAAGCGCCACUUUAAACAAGAAAAAAGUCGCCACCAUACCCCCAUUGGCUUACCAAGAACCCAAUUAUGACAUCCCAGUGCCCUCCAUCAAUGACGGUAUUCAAAAGCCGCUAUGUCGUUAUAAUACCAUGCCAAAACCCUGUAAGUCUGAAUGGAUUUAUGACGUGCCUGUUUUCCCCCAAAAACAAGAAAGUAACUCUUGUUACUAUGGCACCAUGCCACGCAAAACUAUGCCACUUUAUGACACUUUGCCUAAUCACAGCUGGCCUGAAAUGAAGCACGGUCCCAUCCAGCCCCUCUAUGACAUCCCCAAACCGAGCAAAGCAGUGGUGCAGUCUUGUACAGACACUGGGAAUUCAACAAAUACAUGCAUUUAUGAUGUCCCACCUUGCCUUAAACAAACAGAGAGCCCUGCAGUGUUACCCAGAAAGCAAAGCCCUCCUGAGACAGACUCUAAAACGAGCCAGGAAUCCAUUGAGUACAGGGAUAAACCUGGACCCAUGCAUGACCAACUUGAUCGUCGGCCCUCGAGGGGCAGGACAAUGUCCAGGCAGCCUAUAAAAGGGACGAUUAAAAGGGACGAUAAAGACCACCAGAGGAGCUCAACCGUGUCCACCUCCUCUACUGCUUCAAGUUCUUCCAGGAGCUCAUGUGACUCCUUCGUGCUAAGUUCUCCUGAACCUGAGCCCUUGCGUGAGGUCACACUAUCACAGGAAGAAGUCAGCAACAGGUUGCUUGAGCUGCAAGAAGCAGUGUGCCAAUCCGUGCCCAAGCUUAUGCUGUUCGUCAGCAGCCAAUGGAGAACCAAAGAGCAUCUGAGUCCACACCUCCAUCAGAUCCGCAUGGCCACCGAAGAUGUGACGGACUCUGUCACCUGUUUCUUGAACUUCGCUUUGGAUGUCAGAGGUAAUGCACAGCGGCUGACAGACUUUAACCUGCAGACCAGGUUGCUGAAGCAGCUCACUAUCGUUGAAGACUCAGGCUUGAUCCUUCAGGAGGCUGCAAGGACUCUGCGAGAUGUGGACUGGCCGCUGGAUACGCUAGCUCAGGAUGCCAGCCAGUCUCAGACACCUGACCACCUGGAGCGCUUUGUUAUGGUGGCUCGAACCAUACCAGAGGAUGUGAAGAGGCUGGUAUCCAUCCUGAAUGCAAACGGAAAGCUUCUUUUCAGAGUGCUGGCUAAGGAACCAGAUGUAGUGGAAAAUAUAGACACGUCUGAAAGGAGCAAAAGUGAACCAAUGGUAGACUCCGGAAUAGAUGAAAGUGACUAUGUACAACUUCAGACCAAGACAGAGUUUGACAAACAACUAAAACCAGCAAAAAGCAGUCUUAAAUCAAAGAGAAAUGGCGAUACCUUGAAAAAACAGGUUUCCAAAUCACAAUCAGUUAACCCCUGCACUCCAGUCCAGACCUCCAGGAAGCCUUCCAUCUCUGACCACUGCCGGCUGUAUUUUGGAGCUAUUCAGAAGGCCAUCAGUGUGUUUAUAAGUAGCCUGAAUGAUGGCCAGCCACCUGAAAAGUUCAUCUCCCACAGCAAGCUGGUCAUUAUGGUGGGCCAAAGACUCGUGAACACUUUGUGUAGUGAAGCUAAAAAUCAUGAAGCCAGCCAGGAAAUGUUGUCUGUGAGCAAUCAGCUGUGUGCCCAUCUCAAGCAACUGGCCAUGAUGACCAAGAAGGCAGCUUUGAACUUCCCCAACAAACUGGCUCUCCAGGAGGUGCAGGACAUUGCCAAAGAGUUGGCUCAAAGGGCACAACAAUUCAGACUGUCAUUGGACGUCUGAGCUGCAGUUUUGCCAUCUGUUUGCCCAGUGUAUCGUGUGGGAGUGGACUGGUGAAGACAAUGUAGAAUAUGUGAAAUAUCUCAAUUUGUGUGAUUUGUAUGUGAGUCUAAACCAGCCACUGUUAAAACAAGCUUCACUGAAUAAAAUGUCCAACUUGUUAGUCUGGAUGAGGAGGCAGUGUUAAAGGUAGCAAAGGCACACCUUAUAAUUAUAACUUCAAAUAAUGGCAUUGAUGUGUUUACAUGCACAACAAUAUGCUGAUGCAAAAAUAAAAGUAUUUGUACAAAUAUCUGUAAAGGUGUUUACAUAUAAAUAUUAAAAACGUGUUGCAGUCAGGUCUUGCUUUUAUCAUUUAAAAAUGUUACCUGAUAAAAGAACAUUGUUGUUGGGUUUUAAGCAAUAUCAUUUUAUGAUCGUGCAUGUAAACACAUAAAGAAAACACAGAAAACAUACUAGUUGCUGUUUAGAUGUUAAAGUGACAGUUAUUAAAAAUGAAUGUUAAGUUUUGGGUACACUAUUCUUUUUAAAAACCGUAAUAGAGGAAGUCUUAAACAUGAUCUGUGCAUCUAUUAGUCUUAUUCUUUUUUUGUGUACUCACUCUGCCAAACCUCAGACUUCAAAUGACUUAAGCAAAAAUUGCACUUUUAAUAAUGCCUGACACUGUAUACAGAUUUUUUGGUUAUAAUAAGUAGACAAAAUGCAGGUAGAUGACUAAAGUAUGUGUCUCUUUUUUGUAUAAUAAUUAAAAAUUCAGUGUUUGAGCAAAAUGUAAAUAAUUCCUCAAUACAAUUAAUGUUACUUUUUUGUAUAAUUUGUCAAUUUUCUAGUUUUCAGUAUUUAGUCUUUUCACCCCUCCCCCCACACGCAUAUAAUUAUGACAAUAUUUCUUCUUGACACAAAUAAAAUGUUACUUAUCAACA